AUGCAGAGCCGUGAAGGGUACUUGGAAGAAUUCUUUUCUCAUGAAGUCCAAUCCUUUCCUCCCUCAUUGUCAGAAUUCGGCAAACUUUAUUUGCCGGGCACAAAGUGUAAACUGAUGAAAUGCAUUGAGCCACUACAUGAAUCUACGCCACCUGAAACAUUCAGCUGUAAAGUAUUGGAUGAUGCUGUCAUCGUACACUGCUUGUCCAUCGCUGGAAUUACAACAUUCAAAGAAUACGCAGAGAAGGCUUUUAUCCUUCAUCUUCAGAAUCACCUACAAGGAACAGAAAGGUUGGACAUUGUAUGGGACACAUACAGACCGGAAAGUUUAAACGAGUCGACUCGUCAGAAGAGAGGAAAGGGGGUCCGCAGAAAGGUAUCCGGAGAAACCAAGUUUCCACGAAACUGGUCAGACUUUCUGCAUGAUUCAUCAAACAAAAAAGAGCUGUUUGACUUUCUAACCUAUAAAGUGGCAAACUUUGUCUUCCCCGAGGGAAAGGCCGUUUACAUCACUUCGGAAGAGUCGGUGGUAACGGUAUGCCAUCCAGUCCCAUGCCAAACUGCAAUCAUGAAGAGGCCGACACAAGAAUUGUGGUUCAUGUACUACACGCACUUCAUAAUUCAGCAGGGAUUGACGACUGGCAAGUUCGCACUGUGGACACUGAUGUUGUUGUUGUCCUUAUUGGUGUCUUUCACAAGCUGUUACUGUCACAGCCCAAGGCUGAUAUUUGGGUCGCCUUUGGAGUGGGAAAGAACUACAGCUUUACAGCAUCAAUGCUCUGUCCACCAGCCUUGGCACAAAAAGGUCACAAGCACUACCAAUGCUUCACGCGAUUUCUGGAUGCGACACAACCUCUGCUUUUUGGGGAAAAGGGAAGAAGUCGUUCUGGCAAGCUUGGAUGGCGUUUGA